CAGUGUAGCAUGCAUCCACACUUCCAUCCAUCCUUCACCGCAUCGUGAAUGACAAGCACGACUACGCUCGACGUCCAGUCCAUCGAGCUGGCAAUCAAAAAGCCGUCCAUCCCACGCGCCCCAUCUGGACUUCUACUGCCCUCUUCGUGUCGCAUCUCCCCUCUCUACGCACACGAUGGACCAGAACGAUCCUGCGUUGAACUUCUUCCCGGAUGGAGAGGUGGAUCUGUAUGGCGCUCUGCAGCUCGAUUCAUCAGCUGGCUCCGAGGCGAUCAAAAAAGCUUACAAAAAAUUAGCCUUGCUACACCAUCCCGACAAGUCCAAAGACGCCUCUUCCCACGGCCGUUUUCAACAGAUCGGCUUCGCCUAUGCCGUCCUCUCCGACUCUUCUCGCAAGAAACGGUACGACGCGACUGGAAAGACGGAUGAGCUGAGAUUCGCAUUAGGUGAGGAUGGGGAAGGUAUGGAUUGGGAUGAGUACUUUACCACGCUGUGGGAUGGAGAGGUGACGGGAAACAAGCUGAGAGAGUUCAAGGAAGGAUAUCAAGGGUCCGAGGAGGAGAAGCAAGACAUCUUAGAAGCGUACAGAUCAAAAAAGGGCGAUCUGCAAGAUAUCCUCAACGAAGUGCCUUGUCUCGAAAUCCUAGCAGACGAGCAGCGCGUCGUUGAUCUCAUCAACAGCAGCAUUCAAUCUGGCGAAUUAGACUCGACCAAAGCGUGGAAAAGAUGGACAUCCAACGACAAGGGACGCAAGAGGAUGAGGGAGAGUGCGAAAAAGGAAGCGGGAGAAGCUGAACAGGCGGCUAGGGAGUUGGGAGUGUGGGAUGAGUUGUUUGGGAAUGGCAAGAGGGGAGAGAGGAGAAAGGGAAGAGGAAAUAAAGGGGAGGCCAAAGGGGAUGGGAAAGGACAUGAGGACGAUCACGAGGAGGAAGAUGAGAAUGAGAAUGGUGCGGACGACGACUCCAAGAAGCGCAAGAGAUCGAAUGGAGCGUCUGCAUCUGCCAAGACAAAGAAGCAAAAGGGACGCAAGGGCAAAGCUGCGAAAGAAGAAGAGGAGGAGGAGGAGGAGGAGGAGCAAGACGACGAAAGGGACACGUCGAGUCUAGAAGCGCUCUUUGCAGCUCGACAAAAACAGCGCUCGGCAGGCUUCGACGAUGUGAUUUCGCGCAUCGAAGCUCGCGCAAGCGGGAGCAACACGGGCGCGUCCGGCUCAAAAAGGGGCGUCAAGAAGGAUGCAUCCGCCGCAUCCAAGAAGAAGAAAUCCGUGGAUGCAAAGGGCAGCAGACGAGGAGCGCAAACCUUGCCGGAUGAUCCGCUCGACGAUGCAGAGUUUGAACGCUUGCAGGCUGCAUUGUUCACAGACCAGGACAAGCAAAAGAGGGGCAGCACAAAGAAGACGUGACUCCAAAUGACCUCUUCAACUGGCCUGCCAAUGCGCUUGGCGUGGCGUGGCGUAGCGCGGCGCUGCUCUCGCACUUUGCUCGCCCGUCCACGCUGCAAUCUAUUGUACAGAUAUCACUUUGAUCCAUCGGUUUCCCCCCCCCAAAUAUAUGUAAUUCCUUACUCGAUC